AUGGCCGACAUCCUCACCCAACUCCAAACCUGUCUAGACCAGCUAGCAACCCAAUUCUACGCAACCCUAAGCUACCUAACGACCUACCACGACAACAUCCCCACGACACUCCCCCCCACAUUCCCCCCCUCACUCUCCGCGCCCCCUCUCGCCAAAAUCCCCAAAAACUCAUCAACACCACCCGUCCCCGCCACCAUCCAAGCCUCCCAAUCCCAAACCUCCCCCGCACCACCACCCACAACACCUAACCCCAACCAACAAGCAGCCACCGAAGGCGGAGGCGGGGGAGGAGGAGAAGGAGGAGGGGAAACAGACCCGGCCCUCCCGGCGCCGGACAGUCCGGAGACUUUCGCGGCGCGACAGCGCGAAUUGGCUCGAGAUUUGGUCAUCAAGGAGCAGCAGAUUGAGUAUUUG